AUGAGUUUAUCUCAGCGUCUUUUAGUCGCUGAUUCCCACAGGCAAACGCGCGAGGAAGCCGCUGGUCGCAUCGAAGCCAGUGGUGACAGUGGCACGAGCGGUAGUAGGAACAGAGGGGAGGACCGAAGUGAUGCCUCGAUAGGUUCUGAGCGGAGUGGUUCUGAAGCAUCGAGUCGAGCUCCAAGACCUUCGAGACGAGUUCAUCGGAGGGUUUGCUUCGACCAGAUAGGUUGCCAUCCCACGAUAUAUCAUCCCGGCCGGAUCUUUGAGGAACUUUCCCCGCUUCCGCCUGACUUGUUGCGUGACCCGCGGGCUCAGUCGUGGGGGAACGUGUUCUGUUCUUGCUCCUCUCAUAAGACUGUGAAGGAUUUGCAAAGGGAGAAUGGUGGCGCCGGCGUUACAUACAUCAUCCCGUCUACCGAGCAACGGCCUUGGUCGCCUCCAGUUGGCUAUCAAUGUGUGUACGAGUCCUACUUUGGAGAUCAUACGAAGCUUUGGUUUCCAAUCCGGCAGUUGGUGACGUCGUACACGUUUCGUCGGGACAUCGCAGUCUCUCAGCUGUUGAACUGGUCGUUGCGUAUAGCCGUUAUGUUGAUGGUUAUGGCGGCGGAGAUAGAUAUCUCGAUGAGUGUGAGAGUGUUCGAGGAGUUGACUUUCACGAAGGCUGAGCCGAACAUGAUUUUCUCGGUGAAGAUGCAUGCGAACUACAACGUCUUGACCGGUCAUCAGAUUAGGACGCAAGAUUGGCAACAUUCGUAUUUUUAUAUCAAGUCAGACGAGCAUGCUUUCAAAGAACCACUGGGGGACGACUACCGCGUUCUAUGGAAUAAAGAACUUGUUCCCCAUUUGAAUACGAUCGCAUAUCCAGAGAAAUUCUUUGAAAGCGCGCAGGCGAUCGCAACGCAUAGCCACCUCCGUUGGCCGGACCUUAGUCGAGAGUGGAUACGUCGUCAACAAGCCAGAACUGCCAGAGGUGGUGGAGCUUCCGAAGAGAGAGCAUCCAGUUUAGUCGACGAGGGCGUUGGGGCAGAGCCUUCUGCUUUGAGUCCCAGAAAGAAGAAGAAGAGCAAGAAACUAAAGAGGAAAGCAACUGAUGCGGCUCCUCUCGAAAAUGCCGCUUCUCUCGAUGAAGCUUCUGAGGGUUUGGAGGCGAGGAAGAAAAAGGGAGGAAGGAAGAGGCCUCGCGAAGGGGCUACUUCCUCUAUCGAUCAAGACGAGGCGCCAGCAGGAGGACGAGAAGGCGCUGCAGAGGAUCUCGUCGAGACAGACCCGGCCGAGGCGGUGCCUGAGGAUCGUCCAAAAAAAACGUAG